AAUCAAAAGACCCACUGGCGUCAAGUUGACCGACCUUGGUGAUCGUAGUGUAAAUGUAAAGAUUAAGCCAUGUCAUCCGCUGAAGAACCCUCAAAGCGGCUUGCAAGAUAUGCACCAGAAAGCUUCUGGCCAUCAAGUUUAACGAAACCUAUUCAAUAUGUCAGAGAAAAGUUUGUAUUGCCAUUUAGACAAAAAGAGCGUCCAGUUUAUUAUCACAGGCGAUUUGAGAGGGUACCAACCAUAGAUCAGUGUGAUAUUGAUGAUCCUCUAUGUAGAUAUGAGGCAAAUGUUCAGUUUUUGAGAGACAAGAAAGUUGACUCAGCCAUUUUAAAGAUUUUACGUCGCCGGCUUACAGAGUGCAACGCAUACUGGGGAGCUGAUGCACUUCAUAAAUGUGAGAAAGAAACGGAAACUUUAAAAGAAAACAUGCAAAAUUGGUAUAUACGAUAUGGAGAGAUAGGAUACAACAUGGACGUACUAGAAUACUACAUGAAACAGAAACAUCGAAUGAUCUGGUUGCGAAGAAGGAAAGAAAAUGGAGAAACUGAUGCUGAUUACAGGGAUUAAUGUAUACAAUAUAUAGGAUACACAACACACCCUUUUUGUUUGAAAAAAUAUUGACUUGUAUAGGAUGAAGCAUGUUGAAUUAAAACAAAACUCUUCAAAGUUACUAUAGUGCUGUAUUAAAGUGAUGCCCUUCUGAAAACAAACAAAAAUAAAGGUUUAUUGUUAACUUGUUGAAGUAUAUAAGUAGCUUAUGGUAUGUAGAUAAUUAACCAAAUUUAAUGAAAAUGGCGAAGGUUAUCUUUUGAAUUUUACUGGAGAAAUAUAGAAAAUGUUGUUCCUCACAAUUUUCUUUUACGGUUUAUAGAGACUUUCUUAGUUGUCCAGAUUCUUAGGAACAGUUCUGCAGUUGUCUUGAAUAUGUAAUAGUGCUUUGAUUUUUGUUGCAUUUUGAUUUACUGGUAUGUCAUUGUUUGUAAAGGAGGUGCUAAACAAGCUUCUUUACAGAGAAAUACAGACAUAAAAACAUC